AUGUGUACAUCCUGCUUAUCAACACCGGCGAGGUACCGGCAUCGUUGGCCACUAGGGGCGGUGUGGGAUGGCAUUCGCCCUAUUCAUGGCCUGACCGUAAACACCCGACAGGCUGGCACGAGAAUGCUGAGCCGUGGUAAGGGGGUAUCCAUGUGUUUUCACAUUCGACGUCAUAGUGCCUGUGCAUAA